UUCCCUAUCCGGUGACAUAUUGAAAACUUGUUUGUGCUUUGCCCAAACCUGUACUUGCUGCGUGGUCUAUCCCCGCUUCCCUUGUUGGGGAUGAAGCUUGCUAAAUAGGCCAGGCAAACUUCACCUCCUCCUAGAUUUCUCUUUUGAAUCAGAGCUGCCUCUGCCUCUCGGGCCUUCGUACGGUGGACCAUGCGGAGGGUGCCCUGGAGUGGCGGCGUCAUCAUCCUGUGGUGCCUCUUUCAGCAGAGCGUUGGCAUCACCAGAAGAUAUUACAUUGCAGCAGUAGAGACAGACUGGGACUAUGAGCCUGCCAGCCAGAAGGGGGUGCACUACCCCACCACAACCACUCAGUACAAGAAGGCUGUAUAUUUGGAAUACACAGACGCUACAUUCACGCAAGCAAAACCCAAGCCUGCCUGGAUGGGUCUUUUGGGCCCCACCAUCCGAGCAGAAGUCCAUGACAAGGUGGUCGUAACUUUUAAAAACAUGGCUUCCCACCCUUUCAGUAUCCACGCCAUAGGAGUGUCCUACUGGAAAGCUUCAGAGGGGGCAGGGUAUGGUGAUGAGACCAGCUGGCCAGAGAAAGAAGACGAUGCAGUGGAGCCUGGCCAGACCCACACUUAUGUGUGGGAGAUCUUACAAGAGCAAGGGCCAACUGGGUUUGACCCACAGUGUUUGACCUAUGCCUACUCAUCUCGUGUGGACACUGUCAAGGACACCAACUCUGGCUUGAUUGGGGCACUGCUAGUCUGUCGGCCAGGGAGCCUGAUGAGUGAAGGAACUCGAAGCAUAGUGCAAGAAUUUGUGCUGCUCUUUGCAGUGUUUGAUGAAGGCAAAAGCUGGUACUCUGAAUCCAACACCUCAGGAAAUGUUUGGUCCUUAGACAACAAGGAUGAGCUACACACUAUCAAUGGAUUCAUGCAUUUCUCCCUUCCUGAACUGAAGGUGUGCCAGAAGAGACCCAUCUACUGGUAUGUCAUUGGCUUGGGCACCAGACCCGAAGUCCACUCCAUCUUGUUUGAGGGCCACACUUUCCUAGUGAGGGACCACCGGCAAGCUACUCUGGACAUCUCCCCUGCCACUUUCCUCACUGCUGAGACGACGCCAGGAACCAACGGCACAUUUCAGAUGUUCUGCCAGAUCCCAUCGCACCAGCAAGCUGGCAUGGAAAUCUCCAUUAGGGUGGAAGUCUGUCCAGAGCCUCCCAUGAAGAAGAUGAGGGUGGCAGUAGCCACUGUGGAUGAAGAGGACUACUCUGAUUACGACAAGGCCGAUAUGGAAAGCAUGGUGAUCAACAUGGGUGAUGAUUUUGCACCCAGGAUUGCUGGCCGUUCCCGCGCCAAGCGGCUGCCUGUGAUCUGGAAGCAUUAUAUCGCAGCAGAGGAGGUUGUUUGGGAUUAUGCUCCAGGCAAGCCCACUUACCUGGACAGUGCUUAUGCCAAGCAGUUUCUGGAACGUGGUCCCCAGAGGAUUGGCUCCAAGUAUAAGAAAGUGGUAUUUGUGGAAUAUGAGGAUGGGACUUUCAAGAGGCGGAAGGCAUCAAAACCAGACCACAUGGGGAUUCUGGGGCCAGUCCUCAAAGGAGAAACUGGCGAUGAGUUUAUGAUUAUGUUCAAGAACCUAGCCAGCCGGCCGUACAACAUUUACCCCCAUGGCAUCACCAAUGUCACUUCCUUUUACCACAUGAGGACCACCAAACAUCACAGUUUGAAGCUCAUGCCCAUUCGACCUAACCAGGUGUUCACCUACAGGUGGAAAAUAAUGCCACAGGAUGGCCCAACCCAUUCUGAUCCCCGUUGCCUGACUCGCUACUAUUACAGCUCCUUCAGACCUGCCCUGGAUUUAGCCUCUGGGCUUAUUGGGCCACUGCUGAUCUGCUUAAAAGAGACCAUGGACCGGAGAGGGAAUCAGAUCAUGUCAGAUGAAGCAAAAUUUGUGCUGUUUUCUGUCUUCGACGAAAACCGCAGCUGGUACUUAGAGGAGAAUAUCAAACAAUUCUGUGCUGAUGCAGCCAAUGUCAACCUCAAAGAUCCUGAGUUCUAUGCCUCUAACGUCAUGUACAGUAUCAAUGGCUAUGUCUUUGAUCAUCUACACCUUAAGCUUUGUCAAAACCAAGUUGUGUAUUGGUACAUCCUAAGUGUAGGUAACCAGACUGAGAUUCUGUCCGUCUUCUUCUCCGGGAACACUUUUAAGCACAACACGGUCUUUGAAGAGAUCCUCACACUCUUUCCCCUCUCUGGAGAGACUGUCUUCAUGUCCAUGGAGAAUCCAGGCACAUGGAUGUUGGGAUGCUUGAACCCUGACUUCAGAAGACGUGGAAUGAGAGCCAUAUUCACUGUUUCCAAGUGCUUCCAGGAAGUAGAGUAUGAUGAAUCUGAUGAACUAAUACCAGAAGACUACAUGCUCGAAGCCAACCUCUUGCAACCAAGAGGCUUCCCCAAGAAAAAAAGGCCUCUUAGGCCUUGCAUAAAGAAACAUAGGGAUGACAACAUCUCCUCUUUGGAAAAUGAAAUGCAGAAGACCAACCAUGAUUUGGAUCCUUGUCUUGAACAGACUGAGCAGCUUCUCAAGUUAAACAACAAAACAUAUCCCACUGACCUGGUGUUGCCUCCUGCGGAAUCAUUAUCCCUAGAUGACAAUUCUUUACCUUCUUUUCAAGAGAACCUUGUUGAGAUUGUGCCCAUUGAUGCCUUUCUGGCAGAAGAAGAACCAUCAGCCGUGCUCAAGCAAGGUUUCCAAGAGUCUCAGCAUAAUGAGAGUGCAUUAGAGACUGCAACCAAUCUGGGUAAUGAGACCAUCUUUGGAACAUCCAUACCACUUGAAGGACCUGGGAUGGUCCAAGAGAACUCAGAUGAACAAGAGGCAGUGGAAGUCAAGAAGGCUCAAUCAGGCCCUCCACUGGAAAAAACGGAGGCAUUUCUUGAAGGUCAUGUUACCACUGUGCAGUCAAAGGACUUGUCUGAUGGGAUUGGCCUUGCAGAAAGCCCGACCUUGAAUGCAGAAAAAAGCCCUCUUAAAAUUGAUGAUGAUUUAUCAAAACUAAAUAAGGUAGAUCCAGAUUCCAGGUUUCCUGAAAGAGCUUUGGUAGAAGAUGUAAACAUAGCCAAAGGACAGAAUGCUGUAACAUGGACGCCAGAUAUUAUGUUGAAUGAGGAAGUAGCACUGCAAACAAUGUCUGAUAUGGAUGAAAGCACUUUCUUUCACACUAGUGAUACUUCUGCAUCAUUAGAUGAUUUGAAAAAUAAGCCAGUUGUUCAGCACAUGUCAUGGGAGAGGCAAGGCACUGGUCCAUCAAGAUUAGAAAUUAACCCUGGGACUGAAGAUCUGGUGUCGCAGAGCUAUGACACAACCUUUCAAGAUUCAACAAACUACUUGUCUCGUAAGGCAACUGUCCAAGGGAAUGAACCAUUUACAACCAGGGAAUCAUUGCUAGCAAAAAAACCAGGUGUUUCAUCACAAGUUGAACGAACCACCGCAACUAUGGGAGGUCAAGGAGGCACUUCUACGUCUGUAAGUGAAGAUUUUCUUCUUGGCAGUAAUAGUCCAUAUAUAGCCUCUUAUGACAAAGCACGUGAGACAAGGCUUGUAGCAAAGAGUUUUCAGGAUCAUGGAACUGAGAAGAUUGUGCAGCUCAAACUGGACACAGCCACUAGAGGCCCAGAUCAUCUGACUGAGCACAACUCUUUUUCUGCACAGAGCAGCGAAAGGGUGGAUCCAGAUAGAUUGGUCAGCGACCCAAGUAUUAUGGACAAGGCCAAAUAUACUAACGACAUUCUGGACAGUCAUGAUCGAUUCUCUACACGUCUCUUUCACACUAGUCAAGGACCAGAUGGCUUAGCACUCCAAGGAGCUUUCCAAGAAACUAGCCAAGGUAAGGAUCUCUCAAGGAGAGAAAAUGAAGAUUUGCCCAGAUUUGAUGCCAUAGACAACAUGAUGAGUACUCCAGAUUCCCGUGGAGUGCUAGAUACAUCUGUGGAACAAAUAAUUAUACAAAGCAGGCCAGCAGAUGCCAUCUUAGGGCUUUCGAAAGAGAGCGUAUCAGAAAAAGGGGAUGUUUUUCAUCAAGGGGAGACACCUCCAUCACAGCGAAUUGACCUAGGAAAUGAUGCAGGUUCUGUGGAGCUUGUAAGAAAGGGAGAGAGCCAGCUACAAUCGGAACCAGACAUUCAGAGCCAUGAAAAGUCCUCAGAUGGGACAAGGCUGAAGUCCUGUCAACAGGGCCCUCAUGGAUGCGGUGGUCACUUGGAAAAGAGGUCUCUGAAAUCACGACAAGCCACAUUAGAAGAAAGAGACACUGUAGCAACAAGGGAAACAAAGAGUCCUAGUGAAGAUGAAGGAAGAGCUCAGACUUUGUUCAAGAUAAACAAGGCCAAGGGUUUUAUAACAAGGGCAUAUUUCACAGAUGAGGCUGCUGGAGACCAUCGCACAACCAGUCCUGGCAAGAUAACAGCUUCAUCUUCUCUGUCGAACUCAGUCCAGUACAGGCCAAUCCCACAUUCCCUGAACAUCCAUGAUUCCCAAAAAGUAACGGUACUCAGGAUGGUCUCUCAGGAUGGAAGCGAACAGGCUCAGAGAGAAGGCAGCUUAUCUCAAGAUGUAGGGGAUGCAACCACCACUGUUUCUGGUUAUUCCAGAACUCUUGGGCCCCAGGAAACCAAACCCAGACUGGCCCCUGCCAUCUUUGCUAGAAGACAAAUCACAGGUGUUGACCCUAUUCUCCAGAAAACCAUCAAGCAGAAGACAAAUGAGGAUGGACUUCGUGCAACACCAGAGGUUCCAGUUGUGAGUCACACUGAUCCAGAAACUCUUUUGCAGUUGCAGCUGGGGGAGUCCAGUACAGAUCGAGGGCAAACGUUAGGGCAUGAAUCCUUGAAGGCGGCCAUAAAGAGGGAGGAGGCUGCAAGGCCAGCAAAAUGGGCCUCAGCUGAAAACGACAUGGGCCUUCAGGAUCGCCUGACUGUCUAUCGAACCCUUCAGGAAGAGCUAUGGGAGGAAGCAGAGAGACAGAAAGAAAUCAAUGGUGAAGAAGGUGGCAUUCCUCCCAUAAGUGGCAACACAGAGAUAUUUGAAAGGAAGAGAAAGGAAGAAGAGUUUGGAAUCCCAGAACAUGGAUUCAGCAAAGAUGAGAGCAGGGCUCCAGGAGCCAAAGCUCAUAUGGAGGUCUCCAGGGCUCCCUUUGGCCUCAACAGAAUAGGGGAGACAAACUCCUCACAGCCUCUGAAACAGGCCUCUGAGUAUGAUGACUACAGCAAUACCGAGGAGAACAAGGAGGACUUUGAUAUCUAUGAAGAGGAUGACCAGGAUGCGCGAACUUGGAACACUGGGAAAGUCCAGCAGUAUUUCAUUGCCGCGGUGGAAGUGAUGUGGGAUUACGGGAACCAUUUUUCCUCACCAUAUCAAGGAGUCAAGAAUCCGAAGAACAGCUGGAAGAAGCAAUCCAAGAAGUACCGGAAAGUCGUUUUCCGGGAAUACCUAGACAGCUCUUUUACUCAGUCAUCAGACCGUGGAGAGUUGGAUGAGCACUUGGGCAUCUUGGGGCCGUACAUCCGGGCACAGGUUGAUGAUGUCAUCAGGGUGACAUUCAAGAACCUGGCUUCCCGCCCAUAUUCCUUCCAUUCUAACAUGCUGCCAUAUGAAGGAAAUCUGGAGGAAGUUGAACAGCCUAUCCUAGAGGCCGUGCAGCCAAACCAGAUGCGCAAUUACUCUAUCAAGGUGUCACAUCACAUGGCUCCCACCUCCAAGGAGUUUGACUGCAAGGCAUGGGCGUAUUUCUCCAGUGUGAGCCUGGAGAAAGACCUGCAUUCCGGUCUCAUUGGGCCUCUGAUUAUCUGCCAGCCCGGAGCACUGAGCACCGUGUAUGGAAGGCAGCUGGCUGUCCAGGAGUUCUCCCUGCUCUUCACCAUCUUUGAUGAGACCAAGAGCUGGUACUUUGCUGAAAACCUUGAGAGGGACUGUCCGCCCCCCUGCCACAUCCAGAUGGACAAUCCUGCCUUUAAAGCAAGCAAUUAUUUCUAUGCUAUCAAUGGCUAUGUGAAAAAUACCCUACCAGGGCUGGUGAUGGGUCAGCACCAGAGGGUCAGAUGGUACCUGUUGAACAUGGGUGGUACUGAGGACAUCCACUCUGUCCACUUCCAUGGGCAAGUCUUCACCAUCAGAAUGGCUGAGGAGUAUCGCUUGGGAGUCUACAACCUCUAUCCUGGUGUCUUUGAGACAGUGGAAAUGCACCCAUCCCAUCCUGGGAUUUGGCAGGUGGAAUGUAUGGUUGGCGAGCAUGAGCAAGCCGGAAUGAGUGCCCUCUUCCUAGUCUAUGACCAGCGGUGUCAAACUCCACUGGGCCUAGGUUCUGGGUACGUUGCCGACUCUCAGAUCACAGCUUCAGAUCACUACGGUCAUUGGGUCCCCAGUCUGGCCAGGUUGGACAACUCUGGAUCUAUCAAUGCCUGGAGUACUGCCCAGAAGAACUCUUGGAUCCAGGUGGACCUGCUACGACCGCAGAUCCUCCACGGGGUAAAGACGCAAGGAGCCCGGCAGAAGUUCUCCAGCCUCUACAUCUCCCAGUUUGUCAUCUUCUAUAGCAGGGAUGGAGAGAAAUGGAAGAGUUACAGAGGCAACGCUACCAGCUCCCAAAUGAUAUUCUUUGGGAACGUCGAUGCAGCAGGCGUGAAAGACAACCGCUUUGACCCUCCCAUUUUAGCCCGUUACAUCCGCCUCCACCCAACACACUUCAGCAUCCGCAACACUUUGCGCAUGGAGCUCCUUGGAUGCGACCUGAACAGCUGCUCCAUGCCACUGGGAAUGGAGAGCAAUGCUAUCUCCAACGAGCAGAUCUCAGCCUCUUCUUAUGUUAACAGUGUCUUCUCUACCUGGUCUCCCCCUCUGGCUCGGCUUAAUUUGAAUGGGAGAGUCAAUGCUUGGAGACCAAAGGUGGACAGCUCAGCGGAGUGGCUUCAGGUGAAGUUCCAGAAGACCAUGAAAGUGAUGGGGGUGGUGACUCAAGGCGCAAAGGCUGCCUUCACCAAAAUGUUUGUGAGGGAAUUUUCUCUUUCAAGCAGCCUGGAUGGUGAGCGCUGGGCUUCUGUCCUCCAAGAUGGAAAGGAGAAGAUUUUCCAGGGAAAUCAAGAUCAUUUCAGCCCAGUGGUGAACCUCCUAGACCCUCCACUCUUUGCUCGAUAUUUGAGGAUACACCCGGUCCGCUGGAAUAAUCACAUUGCGCUGAGGAUGGAGCUUUUGGGCUGUGACACCCAGCAAGUGGCCUAGUAAGGAUGAACCUGCCUUUUGGCAACACAGCGAACGUUCAGGAGGCCUGGUGCACCACACCUGAGCUGUGCCAAAUGCAACAUGAUUAUAUUACUGACACUUCAGAAAAAAAAAAAGUUACCGUUACCCGUAUAUUUUUGAUAACGUUUUUGUAACAUAAGAAACAAAUUUAAAUAUCACUAGAAAAUA